CCUAUUACUCUUCGGUUGUUUCUAUAGCAAGAGAGUACAGUAUUCCAUUAUCUUGAAGACUCUUAUGAACCACGCGUGAACUUGGUGUCACGGAACCUGCCUUGCGAAUGAGAUCGCAAUUUUAAUGGCGACCCUUUAAACUCAGCUGUCAGAGUCUAACUGGAUGAAUCUCAUCAAGUAAGCAAUUCACCAUAUAAUUCUAGCAAACAUCAAAUCAGCAAAGCGAAAAAAAGGAAAAAAGAUCAAGGUUAUCGAAAGCUGCCAGAUAUAUAUUUCUGUAUCUCGAAGACUCGAACAAGAAAAGACCUUUGGUCCCUAGUCAACAUCAUCAACCGUUCAACCCCCAGAUCCAUUCGAAGCUAAAGUAUAACCUACCCAACUUCUUCUGUGCUCCUGUGGACUGUCCUAUGCUUUGGAUUGAUUGCUUGGUCUUCCCAGUUUGUUCAACUGUUGUUGGAGCAGCAACAUCAGUAGCAGAACUCAAGUCUGGAAAUUGAGCAUAACUAAUGCUUAAAAGGUUUUCAGGUUGCAUUUUGUUAAUUGCAGCAUUAUCUUGGAGAGUAUAAAAAGGAAGAGAAAAUGAGGAUGAGGAACAAAUACAGGAAACCAACCACUUUCCGUUGCCAUGCAGGGAGCAGAUGUUCAAUAUCUGCUGUGGUGUGGAGCUUAGUAGGAUGUCUUCUUAUGUUUCAUUUCUACUCCCUAGUUCACCGGAAGGAUGGGAUGGGCAGAGAAAUUCAAUUUGGAGCAAGUCACCACCCACAGUUACGUGAACUGGAAAAGGUUGAAGAGGAAAGUAUCCACAUUCCUCCACCAAGAAAGCGAUCCCCACGUGCUGCAAAAAGAAAACCUAAGCGACCCACCACAAUAAUCGAUGAAUUUCUUGAUGAGAAUUCUCAAAUUCGGCAUGUCUUCUUUCCUGAUCAGAAACUUGCUGUAGAUCCGAUGAAGGAUGCGGGGAAUGAUAGCUAUUACUAUUACCCUGGAAGGAUUUGGUUGGAUACUGAAGGAAAUCCUAUUCAAGCCCAUGGAGGUGGUAUUCUAUAUGAUGAAAAAUCAGGAACAUACUAUUGGUAUGGGGAGUAUAAAGAUGGGCCUACAUACCAUGCUCACAAAAAAGGAGCAGCCCGGGUUGACAUCUUAGGAGUCGGUUGCUAUUCUUCCAAGGACUUAUGGAAAUGGAACAAUGAAGGUAUUGUACUAGCAGCAGAAAAAACAAACGAAACACAUGAUCUCCACGAGUUGAAUGUUCUUGAGAGGCCAAAAGUGAUUUACAAUCACAAGACAGCGAAGUAUGUAAUGUGGAUGCAUAUUGAUGAUGUCAACUACACCAAAGCUUCUGUUGGCAUUGCCAUCAGUGAUUACCCAACUGGUCCUUUUGAUUAUCUCUAUAGCAAACGGCCCCAUGGAUUUGAAAGUAGGGACAUGACAAUCUUCAAAGAUGAUGACGGUAUUGCAUAUCUAAUAUACUCCUCUGAGGACAAUAGUGAACUUCACAUUGGACCUCUAACUGAAGAUUAUCUUGAUGUGACCAACAUCAUGAGAAGAAUUCUUGUGGGACAGCAUCGAGAAGCCCCAGCUUUGUUCAAGCAUGAGGGAACUUAUUACAUGAUCACUUCAGGCUGCACGGGAUGGGCACCAAAUGAAGCACUGGCACAUGCAGCAGAGUCAAUCAUGGGGCCAUGGGAGACUAUGGGAAACCCCUGCAUAGGAGGGAACAAAAUGGCUCGACUUACAACAUUUUUUGCGCAGAGCACAUUUGUGAUACCUUUACCAGGAUUUCCUGGUUCAUUUAUUCUCAUGGCAGACAGAUGGAACCCCGCAGACUUGAGAGACUCAAGAUAUGUAUGGUUGCCCUUGAUAGUAGGGGGGCCAGUUGAUCGGCCCCUUGAUUACAAUUUUGGGUUCCCCUUGUGGUCAAGAGUGUCCAUAUAUUGGCAUAGGAAGUGGAAACUUCCUCAGGGGUGGAGUGGGUGGAAAAAAAUAUAGAUUUUCUUUGUUUCAUCUGUGUACCAUAUGUGAAGCAUGGUUAUUCUUUCACCGGCUCGCCAUGAUUGUUGCAUUACUGUAAAUUAACAGCGUUUGCUUAUAGUUCACUUCAGAGAGUAGAGGAUAUUCAGUCUCGCAACCACU